UAUUCGGGUCGGGUGGAACAUGGACGCGGGUAUGUGGAGUGGAGAUCUCACAGUCGGUCACUUUCACAUUUAUUGUAUGGCGUAGCAAACAGAGUUUUGGUGUAUGAAAAUUUCUGCCUCUCAGUCUCCCUUCCUCUUUCUUCUUCCUGUUAUCUCCUAUCUCUGCCCUCUGCAAUUUCUUUAGUACGUUGCGCUGCGUUUCCUUCAAUGGAAUUGGAAGCUGUUGUUUGUUUCUGCGGAGCUAUGGCGACGACAACGAAAUUGCCCAACCGUCUAAGGAAUGCUAAUUUUUCCAUUUGUAAGCUUCCCAGUUCAAGUCAUGCUACUGUAGACCCUGGAGCAUGCUCUCACGAGAAUGUUUGCUCCUUUGGACGGAAACCCAAUUCCCAGCCCUGUUCCAUUCAUGCAGCUCCACCCUUUUCCAUCAAUAAUCUCAGGAGAAUGGCAUGGUCUAUUAGAAGCAGUGUGGAUGCCAGUGGAUUUGAUCCUUCUUCCAGCGAUAAUGGCAGGCCGAGAUUAAUUAGGGCCAUCCGAGCUAUUCAAAGUAAACUAGGUGUGAGACUUCAGGAGCUAAGGAGAAACCUUCCAAUGAAGAUACUCUUUUUAUUGCUAGGAUUUUAUUGUGCAACUGCAUUUGCUACUGUCAUUGGGCAGACAGGUGACUGGGAUAUUCUUUCUGCCGCCUUGGCUGUGGUUGUUGUGGAGGGGAUAGGAGCCCUGAUGUAUAGGGCCUCUCUUCCUGUACUCGCCAAGGUUAGGAGUCUGAUCACCAUGUUUAACUAUUGGAAGGCUGGGCUUACUCUCGGUCUCUUCUUGGAUUCAUUUAAGUAUGAAGUGGAUAAGAUUACUGGGUUUAGCAAUCUCAUAAAUUUUGAAAUAGAUGUGUUCCCUGUAUUCUUGUAGCAAGCUGCUGCUCUGAUAUGCUGUUAGGUAAUGUAUCGUGCAUCCAUCAUGGAGUUGAAAGCGCGAGUGGAUUCAAUUCCAAGAGCUCUGGUUGUCAAUGAUGGCCUUUGAUGGACUAUAAAUGGUGGCACUGAGACGAAAGCAAUGUCGUAGUAAAGUUCUUGGGAGAAAAAAGUGGAGUUCAUAUGGAGAAACUCCUUUGCCUUGUCACCUAUGGUGUUUUUGAUUCCCUAAGUUCGUUCUUUGCUUGGAAUUACGGGUAGAAUUUCCUGGCCAUAGUUUUACAAAGACUACAGGGCACUACAGGGCAUCAAUGAUCAUUUGGAGAAGUAGGAGAGAGGUUUUUUCAUGCUUCAGGUUUGCCCAGAUUUUUUACCCGACCAUUUUCCUAGAACAACAGUGACAAUGUCUGUUUUGUCACGUAGAGGAACUUCCCAUGGGUUCUAAACAAGUUAAAGUAUCGCAUAUACUUUUCUUCUCAGCUUGUUGGUUGGAAAAUCGAUAUUGUGAAUAGUUGAAGAUAUUGACGGAUCAAAGGAAGGCAGUUAUCACUGGCAUGUAUACCUUUCAGCUGAUGUCAAUGGUGCAAUGUUCCAUAGGAAUGCUGAAUAUAUUUCAGUUUAUUUGUUAAGAGUCCACCAUGUCGGCCCUGCAGGUUAGCUUGAAUCCUUUCUGAAAGAUUUGUAGUCUACCAAUGAGCUACACUACUUUUUUCAUUUUCUAGAAUGCGGAGUGCAAUGCCAUGGAUCAUUCUCUUUGUUUGUAUGUCAUUGCAAAGAAAAGCAAUAUUUUAAAACUUGAA